AUGACUACACGGUUUAAGAAGAGUAGAAAGCUGCGUGGACAUGUUUCUGCGGGUCAUGGACGGGUUGGAAAACAUAGAAAACAUCCCGGCGGCCGUGGCAAAGCUGGAGGCAUGCACCAUCAUCGAAUCCUGUUUGACAAAUACCACCCCGGGUAUUUUGGAAAGGUUGGUAUGAGACACUUUCACAAACUUCGUAACCAAUUUGAAUGUCCAACUAUAAACCUUGAUAGGCUAUGGAAUCUCGUACCCGAUGAGAUUAAAAAUAAGUGCUCUAAGGAUGGAAAGGCUCCAGUGGUUGAUGUUACAAAGGCUGGAUAUUUCAAGGUAUUAGGUACGGGGCAUCUGCCCGAACAGCCAUUAAUUGUUAAGGCUAGAUACUUUUCCAAGCUUUCGGAAGAGAAGAUCAAGAAAGCAGGAGGAGUAUGCAUUAUCACUACUUAA